UGUUUUGAUUGGUUUACAUUGGCCUUAGCUUCCCACGUCAUCUCUAUGCGACUAUUACUAACGCGAGUGGCGGGUAGGCAAAAAUAUGGCGCCAUCCCCAACCAAGAGGAAGGAGGACGACAAGAGUAAGCAGCGAGGGAAGGACAAGUCAGGAGCCCCGAAAGAAGGAGCCGACAAAGACCGGGGCCGAGACAAGACCCGCACACGGCGCGGUGCUUCCAGUGGGAGCAGCAGCUCCAGCAGCAGCUCAGGCUCCAGCUCAGGCUCCUCCAGUGGCUCCAGCUCGUCAGCCUCCAGCCACUCUGGCUCAUCCAGCUCCCGCUCCUCUUCCUCCUCCUCGUCCUCCUCACCGAGCCCCAGCCGCCAGCGCCACAACAACAGGCGGCGCUCCCGCUCAAAGUCAAAAUCAGCGAAGAAGGAUGACAGGGACCGGCGGCGCAGGAGCCCCAUACCCAAAUCCACCAAGGUCUACCUCGGCCGGCUGACCAGAAACGUCAUCAAGGAACACAUCCAGGAGAUCUUCUCCACGUACGGCAAGAUCAAGAUGAUCGACAUGCCCAUGAACCGCGUCCACGCCCACCUGUCCAAAGGCUACGCCUACGUGGAGUUCGAGACCUCUGAUGAGGCGGAGAAGGCCCUGAAACACAUGGACGGAGGCCAGAUCGACGGUCAGGAGAUCACAGUCACAGCUGUGCUGACUCCCACGGUGCGCCCUGCCCCCCGCAGGCUGUCACCCCCCCGCAGGAUGCCCCCGCCGCCGCCAAUGUGGCGACGCACGCCCCCUCGUAUGAGGAGGAGGUCUCGGUCUCCACGGCGUCGCUCUCCGGUUCGUCGCAGGUCUCGUUCGCCCGGCCGCCGGCGGCACCGCUCACGCUCUAGUUCCAACUCCUCUCGCUAGUGAACAAGAGAACUCCCCCCUCCUCCUCCUCCUCCCCCGUCACUGGAUCUGCUCCUCUGCUGUGUCCUCAGUGUGAAACGUGGUGAAUCAUGAACCAUUUCAUGAUGACAGCAUUCACAGCGCAAUCAUUGGAUGGUAGCCCAACCAUCAUAUAUUGACCUCAUGUCAGCAUGGAGGAAAUCCUCUUCCGUGCUCAGAUUAUGGACGUGUCUGUGUUGUCAUCGCUGAACCCGUCUUAAAAACAUCCUGCAGGACAUUUAUGGCAAUCGGUAUUCUCUGAAAUCCACCUGGCACGGCCCAGAAUAAUAGUGUAAUAACAUACUAUUACUACAUUACAGAUGUUAAAUGGUGCUACUAGUCAUAAUUUGGGUUUAAAUCAGUACUGUGCUUUUAGAACCGCCCCUUCUCUAACCCUGCUGUUUAUUUGUGAGUGAUUCUCCAGCAUUACCACUCAUAGUCAACUACAAGGGCAGCUACACGAGUGAAGUACCAGUUAGCACCAUGUGUCUGCUUCAAUAGAAAUCUGAAAAUAACACAGUCGUUAUUUCAUUGUCAAUAAAAUGAGGUCAGAGGGUAGUUGUGUUAUUACUGGCACAUCAGGAUUCCGGUUCUUCUUUUUCCAUCUAAUUUUUUAUUGUGUCACACUGUGACCUUCUGAUUUAGACAUUUGUGGUUUUAGUUUUUCCCUUGAAUCUUGUUUUGUAUAGCUGGCUUAUAGAGUGAAAAUAAAAUCAUGUUUUGGACUGUAAAAAAAA